AUGGCAGAGGGCAACAGGACCGGGGUGAUCGGCUUCCUCCUGAAGAGACUGUCGGACCGGCCGGAGGUGCGAUUCGCGGCCUUCGAUGUCAUCUACUCGGCCACGCCCCUGGCCAACGGUGUCCUCCUACUCGCUUUCUACACCGACCGCCAUUUCCACUCGCCCAUUUACUUCUUUUUCGUCAACCUGUCGUUGCUGGACGUCUCCCACCCCACGGCCGCGGUGCCUAAGAUACUGCGGGGCCUCGCCACCGGAGACAGGCGAUCUCGUUGGCCGGGGAAGAACGUCUUCCUCCUGGACGUGUCGGCCUCUGAGCAUCUAUUGGCCGUCCUCCGCCCUCUCCACUAUGAUGUUCACAUUGACGGGAGGGUGUACGUCGUGCUGGUGGCCGGAGCCUGGCCGACCCGCUUCCUCAAGUCCCCUCUGCACGUGUCCUUCACCUUCACGAUGUUCUUGUGCCGCUCCAACCUGGUGGACCAGUACUACUGCGACGUCCCUCUGGUGACGGGCCUAUCCCGCUUUGGCGGCUCCUACGUCCUCGUCAUAGCCACCAUCCUGAAGAGCCCUUUGGCCGAGGUCGGUGCGCUGGACUGGGCCCUCGGUAAACCGAAACAGAAGACUCAUUCCCUGUCCAAGGGGAGCUUACACUCCUCGGAAGCAGGGUUGCAUAGUGGAAAGCUCACGGAGCUGGACGUCAGAGGACUUCAUUCAUGA